UGAACAAAGAAUAGCAACUUUGAUAUUUAUGCAUUUCUGGUUUUCAAUUUUUUUUCUUUUCGUCCCUUUUCUCCUGUCAAAGAAAAACUAUCCAAAAGGUGUAAAAUGGAAGAAUUCAUACAGCAUCAAAUAAAACUCAUUGAGACAGAGAGGCAAAUCGAUGUCGAGGAUACUUUGAAACUCUUAUCAUCUUAUACGCCGAUUCAAUUACAAAGAAAAGGUGUUGCAUUGAUCGGCUUGAAAGUGACAGGUAAGCAGAAUCCACCCGGAGCAUUACCUUCUACAAGCGUGCUAUUAGAAUGAAUCAUUCAAACUCAUGUUCAUAAUAGGAAUGAGAACUGGUUUGGGAGGCAAAAGUUGAUGUGGAACUAGCAAAUG